CCACACCAGGGACACAGACCACACCACGGACACAGACCACACCACCUCCUUCCUCUUCGUCAAUCCCCUCUCUGUCUCUCUGUUUCUCUGUCUCUUUCACAGCUUCUUCAAAAUUUGUAGCCGUUUUACCGUGAAGCAAAGGAGCCGAAAGCUUUUAUUCUCUCUGCAUGUGUCUGUUUUACCCUACUUCGCGGCGUUUCUGACUUCCUCUGUUUCUUCGGCUCAAUUUCAUGGUGUUUUUGGGCAGCUUUUCUCUGUGAUCUUCUGGUGAUUUCGGCGAUGAGUGGAAUAAGUCACUGGCUUGUAUUUGAUUCUGGUUUUGGACUUGAGGAUUUCUGUUCUGGUUAUAUAAGAAAUGUUUGACUGGAACGACGAAGAGCUUGCCAACAUAAUAUGGGGCGAGGCAGGUGCGAGUGACGAUCAUAUUGUACCUUAUCCAGAGGUAACUGCGGAUCUUGGAAACAAGAAGGAAUGGAAUCUGGAAGCCACUAGCAUUAAGCUCACUGAGCAGAAGAGGCCAGAGGUUAAAAUUGAUGUUCACUGCAGAAAGCCAGGAAGCACUUCGAAACUUGAUAGUAGUGGAGGGCUAUCUGCCUCAGGAUAUGACACUAACUCAUGGCCUGACUUGUCUUUAUCCACUGCAGCUGAGACUGGUCAGGGUUCCCUGGGUACCGAAGUAUCUAAAACUUUUAGUGAAAUUAGAACAUUCAAUUCAUCAAGAGGUGAAGAGACUGCCCAACUUGGAAAGGAUGUUGAAGUUUUCCAAAGUUCAAAUGAAGGUAAAGAACAAGGUGACUAUGGUGACUAUGGUUGGGGAAACAUGGGAAGCUUUGAUGACUUCGACCGAAUUUUCAGCAAUGAUGAUCCUAUUUUUGGCAAUGCAAGUCUCGAUAAUGCUGGUGAGCUGUGGUCUUCUAAAGAUGUGAGUAACAGUACAGCUCCUAUAUCAUUGGAUGCUCCCAGUACAUCAGGUGCUUUAAGGAACAGAUCUGAGCCUUUGGAAAUUAAAGCAGAUGACGUUCAAUGUAAUGACCAAUUAUUUGCCCUUAGCCAUGGGAAGAUUGGUGGUUCUGCAUGCCAUGGUACACAAAAUGUGCAUGCUAUGACAACUGAUGUGACAUACUGUGGAGAGAGAAGCAAGCCUGCUGGAAAGGAGCAUCAGGAUAUUGUAGGAAGAAUCACCUCUUCAACCUCUGGUUUAACUGUCGAAAAUGUUGCAACUGCCAAUGAACUUGCUGACAAGGCUUUUGGGCAAAAUAAUCUGUUGAAAGUUCAGAAAAAAUCACAGGGAAAACAAGAGGCUAAAGGAUUGCAGAAUUUUUAUGGUAGUUGGUCUCCUUCAACAAAUCUGUCAAACCAAUUUGAGAAUCAACUGACACCUUCUGUCAUGCAAUCUUCUCCCCCUUCAGUUCUUGGAAAACAGAAGCAGAUUCAAGGAGCUGAGGCCUUUUAUCAGAACAUCAUGAAUCCAUAUCUAGUAUCUCCUUUUUAUGGAAACCCAGGAAAUGCAUAUCCAGCUAUCCCAAUGCUAUCUCAGGCUCAGUCAGAUCUCAGGCAUCAGCAUCUACUUUCUGGAUAUGACGCGUCUAGUAAUUUAGUGAAUCCUGUGAGGAAAUCUGGGGACUUAGUCAAACCUCUGACCAUGACUCCUCAGGAAAAAAUUGAAAAAUUGAGAAGGCGGCAACAAAUGCAGGCAAUGCUUGCAAUUCAGAAACAACAGCAGCAAUUGGGCAAUCAAGUUCCCAGCACUAAUAAAUUCAUCAAUCAAACAUAUCUGCUAGAAAUGCAAAAUCGUUCCUCUGAUGGGACUGAUCCUGAAGUUGAAGAUCGAAGCAGUUUUCCUGCUCUGGAACCACCUAUUGAACAAGAUGACUCCGAUACAGUCUCUGCAGCUAUUGACGGGUGUUUUGUUGAAGAAACAACACUGUACAAGCUUCAGGACAUUAUAUCAAAGGCAUGCUUUUCUCUACAGUUGGACAUCAAAAUAAGACUCUGCAUCAGAGAUAGCUUGUUCCGCUUGGCACAAAGUGCAACGGAAAGGAAUCCUGCUAGUGAUAGUAGCAGUACGAACAAAACUAGCAGAGAAGAACACAAUGUUCUUCAAAGAGAAGAAAUCAAUUGCCAAAACAGAUAUGUCAGGAUGCCCCAUUCUGAAACAGAGACAAACCCCAUUGAUCGAACUGUGGCUCAUUUGCUCUUUCAUAGGCCUCUGGAGUUAAAUGGAAAUUAUGCUGACAAACUUGACUCACCUAUCUCAGCUAGGACGCAAAAUAGAAGCCACGCGGCUAACCUGUCUAAUUUGACUGUGAAGUGCUUGCCUGAUGAAAAUAUGAAUAGUAAUAAACAAUUUUCUGACCAAGGGCUUAAGAAUUCUUGUUCAUUGAUUGAGGCCCAGGCUCAACCAAUGGAUCAAUUUAGAAACAGUCCUUGCAUAGGCACUUCAGAGAAUGCUUCUAACAAUGGGCCAGCAGAUGUUGGAGCUCAGGAGCUUGAAGCCUCUCAAUGAAGAUUGAAGAGAAUAUUAUCUAGAAAUCUGAGGCUGUCUGGAUUUUAAUCAAGCACAAGCGCUUAGGCCAAUCUUCAUAGAUGACCAAGCACCGGUUGCGUGAUUGUGUACUCUUAAGGCUUUAUAAUACUUCUAUUAAAAAACAUGACUGCUAGUGUGUAUCUCUCACUGCCUAAACACACUCUAGGUGUUGAGUGCUGAGAAGUUGUUUCUAUCAGAACUACGCCAGAUGCGUGUAUGGAGUACCAAAACCACCCAAAUCUCAUAUUAUUGUUGGCCUAUUAUGGGAGUUUUAUUCAUGCAACUUGGCAGCCAGUAGCCUCUCAUCAUUGACUUAAUAUCUGCUUGUCAAUAGAUUGAGUCCCUACAUUGGCUUGUAGAUUUUGGUUUCUACCAAAAAUCACGUCCACGAGAGGGGUACCAAGAAGCCAUACUCCAUGAUAACUUACAUUCUUAGUUGACUGGUCUUCUACAUAUGAUCAGAUUUUAAUUCUCAAUGAUUAAUUUUCAGUGCAAA